AUGCGUCAAGGCGGAAACCGGGAUACAUCAAAACUGCUGAUGGAGCGCAGCGUGCCGGGCCGGGCCGGGGCCGUAUUGCCGGCGUCGGACGUGCCUCCGCAGCCGCUCCCCGACUCGGCGCUGCUGCGGGAUGAGUUGCCGCUGCCGGAGAUCUCGGAGCCGGAGGUGGUGCAGUACUUCACCGGCCUCAGCCAGCGCAACUUCUCCAUCGACACGCAUUUCUAUCCCCUGGGGAGUUGUACCAUGAAGUACAACCCCAAGAUCAACGACGAGACCGCCUUCCUGCCCGGGUUCGCCGGCAUCCAUCCAAUGCAGCCUGCCGCGCAAUCACAGGGGGCGCUGGAGCUGCUGCACCGGCUGCAGGAGUUCCUCGGCGAGAUCACCGGCCUGCCCGAGGUGAGCCUGGCCACGUUGGCCGGCGCUCACGGCGAGCUGGCGGGAAUGCUGAUGGUCAAGGCCUACCUGCAGUCCCGUGGCGAGACCGGGCGGACGAAGGUAGCCAUCCCCGACAGCGCCCACGGCACCAACCCGGCUUCGGCGGCAAUGGCAGGGUUCCAGGUGGUGGAGCUGGCCUCGGACAGCCAGGGCAACGUGGACCUCGAGGCGCUGCACGACGUGGCCGACGACAGCCUGGCCGGCGUCAUGAUCACGCUCCCCAGCACCUGGGGCUGUUCGACACCAACAUCGUCGAGACCUUCAGCACGCCCCACGGCGGCGGCGGUCCCGGGCGCCGGACCGGUGUGCGCCACCGAGCGGCUGGCACCCUACUUGGCUGCACCGGUGGUUACCACGCACUCCUUCGUGCCCAUGUCGGGCAGCGACCCUGAUGAAAGACAGAUCGGCGAAGCCCACUCCUUCUAUCAUCUGCACACCCCAGAACACAGCAUCGGCAAGCUGGCGGGGUUCCACGGCAACUUUGGGGUGCUGGUGCGGGCCUACACCUACAUCCGGACGCUGGGCGCUGCGGGCGUAACGUCGAUCAGCGGCAACGCGGUGCUGAACGCCAACUACAUGAUGAACGCGCUGAAGGACGUCUACCACCUGCCCUACGACCGCACCUGCAUGCACGAGGCCGUCUUCUCCGCGGACUGGCAGAAGGCGCGGGGCGCCGGUGGCCUGGAAAUCGCCAAGCGGCUGCUGGACUACGGCUUCCACGCCCCCACGAUGUACUUCCCGCUGAUAGUCCCCGAGUGCCUGAUGAUCGAACCCACGGAGUCGAGAGACGCAGGAGACGAUCGACGACUUCGUGGCCGCCCUGAAACAGAUCAACGCCGAGAUCAACGAGGACCCGGACCUCGUCCGCAACGCCCCGCACACAACGCCAGUGGCCCGCCUCGACGAGGCGCAAGCGGCGCGGCGUCCCAACCUCCGCUGGACGGGGGAGGGUUAGGGGGCUAG